AUGGAAUGCUAUGGAAAGGUCAUGGACCACUUUGGCUUGUCCUCAGAUGAGGGGCAGCAAGGUGUCUACCGAUACUAUGAGGGUGCCUUUCUUCAUAGGGCCAUGCAUUUCCAUCCCCAGCACAACAUGGAAGUGUAUUUUCCAUUGGAGGACAACUCGAAGAGUGGCGAGGAGAUUCUUUGCCUAGUUCAUAACUUCAUGGAGGAAGAGGGACAUGAUCGAGCCGGUCAGCAGGUAGACUAUUACUUUUCCAAGACCAAUGAUGACUUUUGGAUGAGCCCUGAGAAUGGCAAAUCACCGAUGGGGGGCAAUGCGACCAAUACGUAUACUCCAGGUGAAGUAUUGCGAGUCAAUAUCUACACUCACUGGGUUGUUCUUUCCCAAGACAAGCAUACCAAGUUUGAGCUCUUUCUCGAACAUUUUAAUUCACAGAACCUCACCUACACUCUGAACUGGGCAAAGGCCCUUCCGGCCAAUCCAAGACUAUUGUCCCGUGUCCUUGAGAACUACCCUCAUCUCGAAGAAUGGCAGGCUUUUGUGCGUGCAAGGGACCCUCAUGGUGUCUUCCUCUCUUACUACUGGCAAAAGGUUUUCUCCAUGGGCUCAGAAAUCUCAAUUUGA